AUGUACAUGCGCCCCCGCGAUUGGCAACCAACCCUGGGCUCGCCUUGUGCGAUACCCAUCCCCAUCCUCACCCUCAACCUCACCCUCAACCUCAACCUCAACCUCCCACAUCCCCGGGCUGCUUGGCAGACAACCCCGAUAGACUGUUUACUCCAACUGCAUCUCGCCUGCUUGCAAUCAUUGAUCGGAACUUGCUACUUUCUCCUCUUGCAUUGCGCUUCCCCAGCCUGCUGUUGCCCCGUCGGCCUUUGGACCACCACCACCACCACCACCACCACCACCAUGGUUGUCUUCGCCCUCUUCAUAAUAAGCAAGUCGGGAGGUCUUAUAUACAACCGCGAGUUCCACACCGGUAUGAAUAAGCUCUCCAGCAACGACCUUCUCAUGGUGGCCGGCUCCUUCCACGGUAUGCACGCCAUAACCAAGCAACUGUGUCCCAAUCCCCCACAAGCGUCCGCGUCCUCCUCCAACACCUCUACCAGUCUCGCCCCCGCCCCCUGGGUCACUCGUCCCACCGGUCUCGAAGUUCUCGAGACCUCUCAGUUCCGUAUGCAAUGCUUCCAGACCCUCACCGGCGUCAAGUUUCUCUUGUUCACCGAGCCCCAGCAGCCAAACAUCGAUAGCAUGAUCAAAAAAAUAUACGAGCUGUACGCCGACUUCGUCAUGAAGAACCCAUUCUACACGGUGGAAAUGCCAAUUCGAUGCGAGAAGUUUGAUAGAGGGCUCGAUGGAUUCGUCAAGGUCAGGAGUUGAC